AAUGAAGAUAAGAUAGGAAUGGUUGUAAACACCAUUUACAUCCACACAAGUUCAAUAGGCUUAAAAACAUUAGCUUCAUAUGUGAAUCAUAGCUAGAAAAUUUGAGGAGAAAAAAAAGAUGGAAAACCUAAGCCUGAAACUAAAGCUUCAUCUUCCAAAUUCCUCCAACCCUUCUUGUUCUCUUUUCACUCCAAAAAAGCAUCCAUUAUUCAUCAAACCAAACAUGAAACAAAGACCUUCAAAAUCUUGUGCAAUGAAACUGACAAAACAAACUCCAGUUGUGGAAGAUGCACCAAUGAAGCUUCAAGUUGUUGAAAAUGGGAAUUCAAGGGCUAUGAUAAUGGGAGCUGUUUCUGUUGGAGUUCUGUUGCUUCUGAGUGGAAUGGAUGAACACAAGGCACUGGCUUUGGGACCUGAAGGGCCACUUGUGGAAGAGUUUUGGGACAACGUGAGAAGGUAUGGAUUGUAUGCACUAACUGUUAGUACAGGUGCUAUUUAUACAAUCAUGGUGCCUAUAUUUGAGCUUCUCAAGAAUCCAAUAACUGCGAUUCUGAUUGUGGCUAUUUUUGGAGGUGGGUUUUACAUUGUUUCUCAGGUUGUUUCUGCUAUGGUUGGUAUUUCGGAUUUUAGUUAUGAAUAUGGAAACUAGACAUAUAGAUUCAUAUGUAGAUAGAUGAAAAAUCAAUUAUUAAUUAAGUUUAUGGAGGCUUGGUAUGUAUUAUGUAGUACAAUUUUGCAUGCUGCAAGCUGAUUUUGAUUAUCUGCUUUCUGCUAUCAA